UCUGAUCAACGUUCAAUACUUGUUCUUGGCCCCAAUGGACUGAUGGGGGCCUGAUAUUUCUCCACUCUUAGCUAUUAUGUAUCUAUUUUCUUUAGUAAUCCGUUUUCCUCUUGCCCUGGUCACCGGGGGUUCUGUGAUGGCCUAUUGGCGUAUCUGCAAAGCACACUACAAGGAUCUCUACCCUACAGGAGCCCGCAUCACAACAACGAGGAAGAUUUUUCUUGGUGCUUCAUCAGUUAGAUAGCAGGCAAAUGCCCCGACAAUCGCCGAACACGAGUGAGCGAUCCCCAUAGGUAAUAUAUGUAUCACUGUAACCAAUGAGCUCUUCCGAAGUUAAAGUUGGUCCUUGUUCUAU